GUUAUAUACAAAUAUUACGGAAAAUUUACAUAAAUGUUUCCUAGAUCAGACGGAAAUUAGCUCUCUCUUCUCGCUCCAGCGCAGAAUUUUACAUUCGAAAUACUUUCGAACUCCAUGGAUCCAGGAUUGCCCCCUUCUCAGCCAUCAUCAAGAAAGGUUAGGUUUGCUCCUAAGCCACCUCCUCGCAGAGCCAAGAAUGCGGAACUAAAAACAGAAGCAAGCCUGAAAGGUGUAUCUGAUGCGGUUGUUCCCAGCGGUCGUCUUCUCCGCCGACUCAAUGAGCAACUGGGUAGACGGAAAUCUAAUGAUACCGUAAAGAAGGAAGUUCAAUUUGUAUUUCCUGAAGAAGGGGCAUCAUCAGCUCCGACAAGGACAAAUCUAAUUCCCGGAGAUGAGAAAAUUGAUGGUAGUACACGAUUGGAUGGUUCUGCUGAUGGUGAGAAGAUCAUGUUUGUCAAUCAUGAAAACAUGACUACGAAGAAAAGAGAGUACAGAGAGCCUUGGGAUUAUGACAAUAGCUACUAUCCUAUUACUCUUCCUCUUAGGAGGCCUUAUGCUGGAGAUCCAGAAAUCCUUGAUAAAGCAGAAUUUGGAGAGGCAGCAAGAAACAUGAAAUAUGAUGAGAGUAAAAUUCGUGCUUCUUCAGAGCUUGGGUUACUGGAUGGAGAUGAAGCAAGACUUAUUUUUUUCCAGCUACCAAACAACUUGCCUUUAAGGAGGAGGGAUAUGGGCGUGCAAUUUAAGCUACCUAGUGCAAAGGGAAAAGAGGUAGUUGAGGCUCCAACCAGUGCAAAGGGGAAAGAAAAAGUUGAGAAUCAGACAGCUGACCAAAGAAGCUCUACAGAUAAGGGAUGCAGUUUGAAUGAGUUGCCUAGUGGUCACAUGGGAAAGAUGUUGGUUUACAAGAGUGGUGCAGUUAAAAUGAAGCUGGGAGACAUCCUUUAUGAUGUAUCUCCAGGAACACAAAUCUCAUGUCCUCAGGACGUCGUUGCAAUCAACACUAUGGAUAAGAGUUGCAGUAAGGUGGGAGAUGUCGAAACGCAUGCGGUUGUAACUCCCGAUGUAGAUUUACUCUUGGCUUCAGUCCUCGGUUUGGAUUGAGAGUCUACUACUACUACACACAAGCUUGACAAAGACUUACGAUUGGAUGUCAAUGGAGGAGGUUGAUGGCAAGGGAUCAAAAAACUGCAAGGCGAUAGUGCUCCAAGAACAACACCGCCUAAAAUACUGACAGGUCCCAUAAACGAGAUGAUUCCUUUGGAGGUGACUGGUCAAACCACUUCUCUCUUCUUGAUGGCUGAUAAAAUCGGGAUGCUUCCUUUAGAGGUUGAUGGACAAACCUUUUCUCCCUUUCUAGCCGGUAAAACCAGGAUGCUUGAAUUGUUUUAUUGUUUUUAUUUAAAGGAUUCUUGUUUAGUUAUCUACCAUUUUAGUAGCAAGUUCAGCGAUGCUGAUAGAUUCUCUACCAUGAUGCGGGGUUAGCGAUUUUACAGGUUCUCAGUGGCAUAGUCUAUUCUAUAUCUCCUCGAUAGUCUUGAGCUAUUGUAUUGUUUCAUCUCUUGUUACUCUCAUUAUUAAUAAUAAAUAAGUCUUCUCCUUUCAAAAAAACUUGGC